CGCAGAGAUCGGACCUACCGGAAGAGUGGGGAGCUCAUAUAAGACACGAAGCCAAACGCCUCUCCCAGUGACCAGUCUCGACACGAAAACUCAUCAGCCGAGCUUCUUCGGUUCCCAUAAGAAUCACUUCACGCUUCCAGCCCCACCUUUGGAUGGUUCUAGUCGCCGGAUUGAAAUUCCAGUAGAUUCGAGUUGAUCGAAUUGGUCUUUCCCAAGGCCGAACACACUACGAGUCACAAUGGUAUCGUCGUCGCAGAUUCUCUCGUUAUUUUUGCUGUUCCUGGCUGCGCACGUAUCUCGUGCUCAGAAGCAACAGCAAGAAGACCCUUGUCAAACAAAAUCCAGAGUCGUCGGCGACAUAGAAUACUGUGAUCGCUACUGGGAGUGCGUCAAUGGUCGCCCAGAAUUAUUCGACUGUCCAAACGGCCUCGUAUUCGCUGGAAAGCACCGUGGCGUGACCGAGGGUUGCGAUUACCCCUGGAGAGCGAACUACUGCGACGGAAAACGUCAGGCGAAUCCACCGAUCCCGGCUGAUCACUGUGACUGGCUCUACGGUAUUUUCGGCCACGAGACAUCUUGCACUCGUUACUGGACUUGCUGGAAUGGCACGGCCACGGAACAGCUCUGCAUCGGUGGACUUUUGUACAACGAGAGGGCCAGAUCCUGCGAUUGGCCGGAGAACGUCGAAGGAUGUCAGAAACAUCCUCUGUGCAACGACGACGCGAACGGAAACGUUCCACUGGGCAAAUCCUGCAACCGUUAUUGGCAAUGUCAAGGCGGAUAUCCACGACUACAGAGAUGUCCGGCGAUGCUGGUGUUCGAUCGAAGGUCGCUCAGGUGCGUGGUCCCACCCACCGAAGACUGCGACGUACCCACGACGCCACCCAACCUCGAGGGCGACCUCCCUGAAGGACGAAACGAACAAGAGCCGGAGGAGGAGAACCUUCCACCGGGUGUUCCGCCAUUGCCAGCCGGCGCACUGCCGAUUCCACUUCGAGCUCGUCCCAGAAAUUAAAUUGUUCAACGCUUUUCGAUAAAUCGUAAGGUCUUGGACUGCGUCUACGCGUGUGGAACGUGUAACGUAGGACGGUUUCAGGUUUUGUCUAAAACGAGCCGAUUUUUGCAAAAUACCGUACAAAGGAAAAAUCAUGGAGAAUCGUCGAGCGAUCGGUAUCGUUUGGUUGGAUAUUAUUUCACGUGCUUCGCGUAUUAUUUCGUCAACGUCGUGUACUUAGGCGAUCUACGUUUUAGACGACAGAGUAAGAGGAUCGGUUGCUCAAAGUUUGAAAUGGACAAGACUGUUUAAUCGUUUUAUCGUUCGAUUUGUCUUCUAUCUGCCUCGUAUUUACAACACGUUCUAUUAUUUAUUCUCUAAGAAACCGAAUCGCUUUUAAUAUCGCGCCUGUCGGAAUUGAUCACUUCAGGUUAGAUCGCUGGAUCGUAGUUUCUUUCGUAAACAGGUCGAUAAUACCAAGACAAAAAGAAGAAGCUUAAAUGUUCACAGGUAAUAGAAUUAUAGAAAGAGAUCGUUUGUGAGCAAAUAAUCGUUCCCGAUUUAAAAUGUAGCCUGUAGGAUAAUGUGCCUUCGUGAAAAGGAAGACACAUAUAUAAUCACGAUGUUCACUCUUGUCAAAGUACUAAAUCCUACCGUAAAGCAAUUUCAAAACUAGCGAUUGAUAUCUUUAGGUCCUUCGUCUUCUCGUUGGUUUUGUUUGAUAUACCUUGAUCGUUUAGAACAAUUUUAGAUCAUGAAAUUCAGCUCACUAAUCGCUCAUUCCAUCGUUCCUACGUCAUACGCUCUAUUCGUACGCUCUAAACACGUUGCAGUUACGCGCAAUCGUGUUCCAACCGAGUUCCAGGCGACUCAGGAAUCUUUACAAAAUGUUCGUACGUUACACGUUACGCGCGUGAGAAUGCAGUCCAAGAGCGUCGAUCGGACGACAAUCGUCCGCGAGAAGCGCGAUCGAGAAUUCAUUCCAAAGUUUCGAAACGAACAGAAAUCUGGAUUGCAAGCCAGGAAGCAUGAAUUUGCCGAUAUUGUAAUCGGUAUCGCGGCACUCGAAUCUAGAAGAGAUGGCGCGAGGUCGCAAGCGGCGUUGUUGAACUCAGUUCUUUAUGUAUAUUCACCGCUUCGUUAGAAAGUAUGUAACUACUUCUGAUUAGAAGUGCUAGAUAUUCCUCUUUAUAUCUCAUUCUUCUUCUUUCGUUUCUCUAAUUAUGGUCGUUUCGUCGACGACUAUUUUGCGCACAUACGUCUAAGUUAAAAAGGAUAUAGGUAAAUCGUAUGGAACACGUCUUGAUUGUACACCCCCUGAUUAUUGUUAUUAAGCAACUAUCACCACACUGUUCUCUGUCAUCUUUACAGUCAAAGUGUAAAUAUUCUCUUUUACCCAUUCUCACCCUCCCUCCCCUUUCUCGUCUUAAUCGUAAGCAUCUAUUAAAACGUUCACAAUUGUACGGAUAUAGACUCGUUGAAAUAAAGUGUACGUUGUAUA